UAGCGAGACAAGGUUUCUAUUCAGAUUCGACAAGUUCAGUCUACAAUUUCCUAGUUUAUAGUUUAUUCCGGUUUCAUAGUUCAAUAUCCAUUUUUCUUAUUCAACUCUCAACUUGCAAUCAAUAUAUUAUUAAAAUAAUUAUUAUUUGUACGAAGCGUUUAUCAAACUUACACAAUGGCAAGACGUGGACGUUCACCAUCCCCGGCCCCGAGAAGGUCUUCAGUUCCUUCAAGAACUGUUUCAAGUAGCCCAGCGCCACAACAGCAACACACUCAAGUCGGUGCACCGGCUCAACCAAAACAACCUGGGUUAUUCGGCCAAAUGGCAGCCACCGCCGGUGGUGUAGCUGUUGGUUCUGCUAUUGGACAUACCGUGGGACAUGCGGUAACUGGUUUAUUCGGUGGUGGCGGAUCUAACAACGAGGUACAACAAGCCCAACCAGUUCAAGCUAUGCCCAUCGACCAGAGCAACCAACAAGGUGGAGCGUGUGCUUUUGAAAUCAAACAGUUCUUACAGUGUGCUCAAAACAAUGAUGAUAUUUCGCUGUGUUCUGGAUUUAAUGAGGCUAUUCGUCAAUGCAAGGAAGCUAGCCGUAUGUUUUAAAUCACCUCAUCAUGAAAAAUAAAAAGUAGUGAUCAAGCAAGAACAUUAGAUUUAAAAAUUAUACAGUGUAAAAUAAAUGCAAUACAUUACCACCAUAUAUAUGUUAUUAUAGUUAAUGUAAAAAACAAAA